AACCCGAAGAGAGAUGAAAGAUGGUAAAAUCUAUCUUAAAAAUCACAGACAUCCAGAGGAUAUUGCAGCAAAGUGAUGAGCAGGUCGAGAGACCAAGCGAGAAAAGACAGGGAAUACAUCUGAAGCCCUCCAUCUGGGCAAUGCCAGGUGCUGUGAUUUCCCAGGGGACUUCUGUCACCAUUCUCUGCAGAGGACCUCCUGGGAUAACUCGCUACCGUUUGGAACAAGCAGGAAGCUCUCAAGUGUGGUAUGAGGAAAAUCCACAAGACUUCCAGAAAGAAGCAACUUCUUCUUCCCAUUGGUCACAAGCAGCUAUGCAGGAUCUUAUACUUGUCAAUAUGAGAAUCCUGUCCUCCUAUAUAUCUGUGCCCAUGGCACUGCCAGUGCCCAUAUCCUCACCAACCUCCUCUGCCUUUGAGAGUGCUGGAGGAGACAAGAAGUUCCUUCUGUCCCAGGAGGGGAGCGCCUACUCCACUCAACUCCUCAAAUCUCAGUACAAAGCUGGGCGCUUUCAGGGCAACUUUACCAUGGGCUUUAGGUGGCGAGCCCACAGGGGAGGGGUUGGGAGUACCUACAGAUGCUGCGGUUCUCUUAGUACCUUUCCCUCCCUGUGGUUAGAUCCCAGGGACUCCCUGAAGCUCACGGGAAGACGUGAGGAGCCAAAAGUCUGUCCUUUGUUCUCCAUAAGAUCUUAGGUUGUCUGCUCAUUGACCUCUGUCCAGCAGAACCCCUGGUGCUGAUGGUGACACAAGGCUCUGGAGACCGAGAGAAAAGUGAGACAGGGGAGUAACUCCCUCAAAACUACCAAUAGGGAUGGCCAUGUGCAGACCAGCCAUGGGGGAAAGCGGUAGCUGGGUCCUCCCCUCUAUCAACUCCCAUGAUCCCCUGGGGAUCCCUCUCCUUUCUUAGCACUCAAGAUCCUGGGGGAUGGGGGAACCCUCCCCUUCCCCGGCUCCCAUUAUCCGCUGAUGAAUCCCUCUGUUUUCUUGUCUCCCAUACGCUUCAGGAUUUCUCCCUAAAGAACUACGUAUAAUCUCUGACCUCCUGACAGAUCUGACUUCCUUACAGGUAAGA